UAUGUCUAUGUAAGAAAAACAUAUGAUCCCUUUUGUAAAUGCCAAAACCAUGGGCGCUGUGUGGAUUUCACUGGUUAUUUUCAUGGCCCUGAUUUGUGUGGGUGACAGCAAGAGUCAAGAGCCCAAGACAGUAGCUCGUCUCUCUUCUGCUCUUCUGAAUUCUUCUGGUUGGAAACCCACCGACAACACGUACUUGGUUUCUUCAAAUGGUAUGUUUUGUGCUGGGUUUUAUAACGUGACACCAAAUCGUUAUGCCUUUGCUGUCUGGUAUGCCAACGAUUCAGAUCGAACUCUAGCAUGGAUGGCGAACUCAACUUCUCUUGUGGGCGCCAACUCUUCUGUGAUCUUACAAAGCGGGUCUCUCUCUAUUUCAAACGAGAAUGGUGUAAUUGCGUGGACGAGCAAGGUCAUGCCUAAUUCUAAAAAUGGCAUGGAUCUUAUUUUGAAGGAGUCAGGCAAUCUGCUGUUCAAUCAGUGGGAAAGCUUCAAGGACUUCCCCACAUUUAAUCUUCUUCCCACACAAGAUUUCACCGCAGGAGACGUUUUGCAGUCGAGUAUGGCAAACGGGACUUAUGGUAGAGAUGGGGACUACUAUUCUCUUUCUAUAGAGCAACAGUCCAAGAAACUUUGCUUGUACUAUCACAGGAAGAAAGAGGAAGUUCAGGAAUCCAAAUGGUACUGGCGAUCCGGUAGCUUUGCAGCAGUUAAUCUGGACAACAAUGGGUAUCUGAAUGCAAGCAACAUCGAUGUAGAUUCAAUGAUCAUGGCGUCAGACCUCGGCAAAAAGGACCGGUUGAGAAGACUGACUUUAGAUAAAGAUGGAAAUCUCCGGAUGUACAGUAGGAGAAAAUAUCCUCCCUCUUCUUCAUGGGAAAUAGUGUGGGAAGCUGUCUCAGAGCACUGCCAUAUCCAUGGAGUUUGUGGAGAAAACGCUGUGUGCAGGACAAACUCGGACUGGAAACCAACCUGCGAAUGCCCACCUGGUUUCGACCCGAGCCCAGUUGAUAAUCGAACCUGCAAACCCCACAAUGAUGUCAAGAAGCUCACCAAUGUAACAUUUCUUACCUUGGAUUUCGUUAAUUUUGACGGACCCAAUUCUGCAACAGAGCCCUCCACGAGAUUACAAGUCUGCAUAGAGUCCUGUAGGAAGAACAGCAGCUGUCUGGGAUUUGCCCACAAACUGGACACAGGAAACUGUGUCUAUCAAUUCGGCAAAUUGUUCAACGGAUAUUGGUCCCCGGAAGCAGAAACGCGCAUGUAUUUGAAGAUUUCCUCUGCAAGCAGUGAAGAAGCUCGGAAUGGUUAUCAUGGUUUGCUCUCUGUAGUCGAAAAUGUUUGUCCGAUCAGUCUAGAAAUACCCUUCCCCAGGAGACAACCGGACCACAGGACACGAAAUCUCAUCAUAAUUGGCUGCUUCUUUGGAUUAGAGCUCUUGUGUGGGGUUUAUGCCUUCGGUGCUUUUCUGAAAAAGUACUCGCAAUUCAGAGACAUAGCCAGAAUUUUCGCCAUGGAUCUUCUUCCUUCCGGUGGGACUAAGAAAUUCUCAUACGCAGAGCUCAAAGCAGCUACCAAUGAUUUCAGCAAUAUACUGGGGAAGGGAGGAUUUGGGCCAGUUUACAGAGGCCUUUUGCCCGAUCAGAGGCAGAUUGCAGUGAAGAAACUUGAAGGACUUCAUCAUGGAGAACAACAAUUCUGGGCAGAGGUGAGCAUCAUAGGGCGAAUCCAUCAUCUCAAUCUUGUUCGCAUGUGGGGAUUCUGUGCAGAAGGCGAGCAUAGACUUCUGGUGUAUGAUUUCAUACCAAAUGGGUCGUUAGAGAGGCAUUUGUUCGACACAGAGGUAGCGACUGUAAUGGAGUGGGGUGUUCGAUACCGAAUAGCUUUGGGAGUCGCAAGAGCCAUUGCUUACCUUCAUGAGGAGUGCCUGGAAUGGGUUCUUCAUUGUGACAUCAAACCAGAGAAUAUUUUGGUUGAUGAGAACUUUUGCCCUAAGGUUUCUGAUUUUGGUCUGGCUAAAUUGGUUGAAAAAGAGCACACCCUGAAAGUAUCUACGAUCAGAGGGACAAGGGGAUAUUUAGCACCAGAGUGGUUUCAAAGCUAUCCUAUCACGGCAAAAGUGGAUGUUUAUAGCUUUGGAAUGGUGCUUUUUGAAAUGGUUAGUGGGAAAAGAAAUAUAGAUAGCUCACCUGAACAAGACAGCGAGUUCUAUUUUCCUGAAUGGGCGUUCCAGAUGGUGAUGGUAGAAAGUAAGGCAGAAGUGGUUGUGGAUAAAAGAUUAGAGGGGAUAAGAGAAUGCCAAAGUGCAAUGGAAGAGGUGAGGAGAGUGGUGAAGACAGCGUUGUGGUGUAUUCAGAGUCGGGCGGAGGAGAGGCCUUCGAUGGGCAAAGUGGCGAAGAUGUUGGAAGGCAGCAUAGAAAUUGAGGACCCUGGGAGGCCCUCAUUGUUUCAGGACAGUGGUGAAGAUCUACAGUCACCUUACAGUAGCGCCAUGAACUUACCCAUCAAGGCUUCUCUGAUCUAACAAGCAUUGAGUUAACCACUUUUGGCUUUGGAUGGUGAAGUGUUAAGGUUCAAGACGUGUCGUGAAGUAUCAAUUAAUGUUUUAAAACAUAUAGUUUUAGAAAUUAUUUGUUGUGUGUGUUUUUUUUUAAGGUUAUAGAUUUGAUGUUUAGAA